AAGAAAACCUGCUCCCUUCGUAAUCCAAGUCCCCGCCGCCACUGAGGUGGUCGGAUUCUUCUUGUCUGGCUAAAUACAAGUAGGAAGAGAAGGAGGACUGAUUUAUCACUCUCCUGCUCCCUUCCCAAGCCAAGCCGAGUCCUACUACUGCUCACUCGACUGCCUGCUAGGAAACAGUGAUGAUGGCUGACCGCGUCCACCCAGUGCAGCCGGAACCUGCCACCGGACCGAUACCGGAUCCUUGGGAGAGCCCCCGCUCCUCCGCAUCCUCCCAGAGUAUCCUCCCCAAUCCCGUGAGGCAGCCGGGAAGCUACGUGAUCCAGGUGCCUAGGGACCUGGUCCUCCGCGUCCCGCCGAAGGGCAACGGUAGUCGCGCGAAGGCUUACGCCCGCCGCCGCGGCUGCUGCUUCCUUGUCUUCGCCUGGCUCGGCGCCCUCCUCUUCCUCCUUGCCGUCGUCGCCGACAUCCUAUACCUCGUCUUUCGACCCCGGGUCCCCCAGUACUCCAUCGACGCCCUCUCCAUCGCCUCCUUCAACCUCUCCGCUGCCUCUGUAUCCCCUACGUUCGACGCCACCGUCCGCGCCGAGAACCCCAACAAGAAGGUCGGCAUCUACUACCGCGAUGGCAGCGACAUCACGGUAGCCUACGACGGCGUCACGCUUUGCACCGGCGCCUGGCUUGCCUUCUACCAGUCGCCGGGGAACGUGACGGUGUUCGUGGCGGCAUUGAAGGGGUCCACGAUCCGUCUGUCGUCGGCCGCCCGCCAAGCUUUGGUGACGGCGGAGACACAGCGGCAGGUACCUCUGGAGAUCGACGUGAAGGUGCCCGUGAAGAUCAAGUUCGGCGGCGUCACGAGCUGGACGAUCACCGUGAAGCUGAAGUGUGACGUGACGGUGACCGGCUUGACGGAGAAUGCCAAGAUCGUCUCCAAGAAGUGCGGUGUGAAGGUGAAGCUUUUCAAGUUUCCUGGUCUGUGAGAGACUUCAGGUGACGGAUGGUGCUGACAGUUGACGGCAGAGAGUCUUCUUACGCUGUACUUACAGUUGGCUGAUAUUUUUGGGAUUUUGAGAUCAGAUGGGUCCGUCCAAUGCAGCUUCGGGUCUUUUGUAAGAAACAAUCUUAUGAUUUCACCAAAUGCUUGUGGAAACAGCUUAUCGGUCAACGUAAAAGUCAACGAAAGGGGGGGGGUGUAAAACAAUUUGCUACAAUAACUAAAUUUUCUGCUUUGUUCGUCUCUUCA